AUGUCCCACCGAAUUGAUAGAGAAGCCCAAGACUUUUACGAGAGCCAGAAUGAUCCAUCCCCGGUCUCCAGCCGUUUUGCAGACGACACCUACACUGGAGAGCCCCGACAAGCCCUGAAGGACAGAAUUCCCGUCCAAACGGACGAGGAUAUCGAAGAUAGUCCGAUGCAGCCACCUUUCUCCAACACCAACGACCAGUUGGCGCUGGACGAAGAUGAAGCUAUUCAGAGCUCGAAUAUCAUUUCUGGCGACCCGCUCCGUCAUGCGAAGCCUCAGAGCUCCACUAAGUAUAGUGAGGGGCCAGACGAGGAUGAACUGCCCGAGGAUGUUUUGAGUGCUAGAUAUUAA